AUGGCCCCGUGGCUGCAGCUCUGCUCGGUCUUCUUCACGGUCAACGCCUGCCUCAACGGCUCGCAGCUGGCCGUGGCCGCAGGCGGCUCCAGCAGAGCGCGGGGCGCCGACACCUGUGGCUGGAGGGGAGUGGGGCCGGCCAGCAGAAACAGCGGGCUGCACAACAUCACCUUCAGAUAUGACAACUGCACCACUUACUUGAGUCCGAUAGGGAAGCACGUGAUCGCCGACGUCCAGAACAUCACCAUCAGUCAGUACGCCUGCCACGACCAAGUGGCUGUCACCAUUCUUUGGUCCCCCGGGGCCCUCGGCAUCGAAUUCCUAAAAGGAUUUCGGGUAAUACUGGAGGAGCUGAAGUCAGAGGGACGACAGUGCCAACAACUGAUUCUAAAGGACCCGAAGCAGCUCAACAGUAGCUUCAAAAGAGCUGGGAUGGAAUCUCAACCUUUCCUGAAUAUGAAAUUUGAAACGGAUUACUUUGUAAAGAUCGUCCCUUUUCCUUCCAUUAAAAAUGAAAGCAAUUAUCACCCUUUCUUCUUCAGAACCCGCACGUGUGACCUGCUAUUGCAGCCGGACAACCUGGCUUGUAAACCCUUCUGGAAGCCUCGGAACCUCAACAUCACUCAGCACGGUUCGGACGUGCAGGUGUCUUUUGACCACGCGCCCCACACCUUUGGCUUCCGUUUCUUCUAUCUUCAUUACAAGCUCAAGCAUGAAGGACCCUUCAAGCGAAAGACCUGUAAACAGGAGCAAAAUACAGAGAUAACCAGCUGCCUUCUUCAAAAUGUGUCUCCUGGGGAUUAUAUAAUUGAGCUGGUCGAUGACAGUAAUACGACAAGAAAAGUGAUGCAUUAUGCCUUAAAACCAGUGCAUUCCCCGUGGGCUGGGCCCAUCAGAGCCGUGGCCAUCACUGUGCCAUUGGUCGUCAUAUCUGCAUUCGCGACGCUCUUCACAGUGAUGUGCCGCAAGAAGCAACAAGAAAAUAUCUAUUCACACCUAGAUGAAGAGAGUUCGGAGUCCUCCACGUACACCACAGCACUCCCCAGGGAGAGGCUCCGGCCUCGGCCCAAAGUCUUCCUCUGCUAUUCCAGCAAAGAUGGCCAGAAUCACAUGAACGUUGUCCAGUGCUUUGCCUACUUCCUCCAGGACUUCUGUGGCUGUGAGGUGGCUCUGGACUUGUGGGAAGACUUCAGCCUCUGCAGGGAAGGGCAGAGAGAAUGGGUCAUCCAGAAGAUCCACGAGUCCCAGUUUAUCAUCGUGGUGUGUUCCAAAGGCAUGAAAUACUUCGUGGACAAGAAGAACUACAAGCACAAAGGAGGCGGCCGAGGCUCGGGGAAAGGGGAACUCUUCCUGGUGGCGGUGUCUGCCAUUGCCGAGAAGCUCCGCCAGGCCAAGCAGAGCUCAUCCGCGGCUCUCAGCAAGUUCAUUGCCGUCUACUUCGAUUAUUCCUGCGAAGGAGACGUUCCCGGCGUCCUGGACCUGAGCACUAAGUACAAACUCAUGGACCAUCUUCCCCAGCUCUGCUCCCAUCUGCACUCCCAGGACCGCAGUCCGCAAGAGCCGGGGCAGCAGCCCGGACGGGUUAGCCGAAGGAACUACUUCCGGAGCAAGUCGGGCCGCUCUCUGUAUGUCGCCAUUUGCAACAUGCACCAGUUUAUUGAUGAGGAGCCUGACUGGUUUGAGAAACAGUUCUCUCCCUUCCAUCCACCUCCUCUCCGCUACCGGGAGCCAGUCUUGGAGAAGUUUGACUCAGGCUUGGUUUUAAACGAAGUCCUCUGCAAGCCAGGGCCUGAGAAUGAAUUCGGCCUCAAGGCCGAGUCGGCGGGCCCCGGGACACCAGCCGACCCACCCUCUGGGGGCCCACAGUUCGGGCCUGACGGAGACGUGGAGGCUGGACCCGUGGUCGUGGGUGCCAGUGCCGUCCUGCGGCCCCUGCUGCACGCGGGGAAAGCGGCUGGGCCCUCGGACAUGCCGCGGGACUCGGGCAUCUACGACUCAUCCGUGCCCUCGUCCGAGCUGUCCCUGCCCCUGAUGGAAGGGCUCUCCGCAGACCAGACGGAGACAUCUUCGCUGACAGAGAGCGUGUCGUCCUCCUCAGGGCUGGGUGAGGAAGACCCUCCUGCCCUUCCUUCCAAGCUCCUUGCCUCAGGGGCAUGCAAAGCAGAACCUGGUUGCUGCAGCUACACUGGUGAACUCCACACGGUCGCCCCUUUGUAA